CGAGGCGGGAAGUUACCCAAUGUGAAAGCUACGGACGUCUGCCGACGACAUCACCUCUUUCGAUUCUGGCCUUGAGAAAUUGGGUCCAUACUGCUGGCCUGUGGCCUCGUGGCCGCGGCAUAUGUCCUGCUGUCCCACCUCGACGGCUAGCAAGCACCCGGGGAGCCGCUUAGCAUCAAGCUCAAACGCCUCGCUGCCCCUGGCCCACUUCGCCCCCAGAGAGGUUCCUAUCAUUGAAUUGGAGCCAGCUCGUACGAGGUGCAGGUAGAUAUGAAGGGCACCACGGUCAACGCGAUCGUCGCCUCGAGGAGGCGAGGUAGAGCCAGCGCAUUCGGAAUAGCUGCUGUAGUUAUAAUGAGAACGAGAAUGAUGAGGACUCGAUAUACUGCGAUGCAUUGUUAUGACUGUACCGGUUAUAUGUCGGAAACGGGGAUGUAUCUCUAUCGUGCAUGCAGUAAGUUAUCUUCAACUUUUUAUUUCAUCACCACUCCCACUUCUGCCACCCCACUAUCCAUACAUCACUACAUCACUUGGGAAUAGCAUAUCAUCGUCAUCCACUCCAAGAUUCUCCCCAACCCACCCGGAUAAACCGUCACGAUGUCGAUGGAUAUAGACAUAGAUGCCCCAUUGUCAAUAGCGCCCGUGCAACAGGUUGGCGGCCCGGCGACUAUUUUCUGCUGCGACUGCGGCGCCCCCAUCGACGGCACCGUAGCCAUCGACGCCAAGUGCUACGACUGCUUCAAGCUCACCAAGGACAUCUCCCAGGGCAUCCAGCGCGAAGCCACCCUCCACACAUGUCGAGAUUGCGACCGCUGGCUUCAACCCCCGUCCAGCUGGGUAACCGCCCAACCCGAAUCCCGCGAGCUGCUCGCCCUGUGCCUGCGGAAGCUGAGCCUCAACCGAACAAGAAUCAUCGACGCCAGCUUCAUAUGGACGGAACCGCACUCGCGGCGGGUAAGAGUCAAAUUGGUGAUACAGGCCGCUGUCGCCGAUGACCGGGUUAUGCAACAAGCGCUGGAGGUGGUGUACGUCGUCGCGUAUCAGCAGUGCCCGGAGUGCGCAAAGUCGUAUACGGCGAACGUAUGGAGAGCGAACGUGCAAGUUCGGCAAAAGGUGCUCCACAAGAGGACAUUCCUGUACCUCGAACAGCUCAUACUCAAGCAUGGCGCCCACCGCGAGACCAUUAAUAUCAAAGAAGCCAAAGACGGCAUAGACUUCUUCUUUUCGGCGAGGAACCAGGCCGAGAAGUUCGUCGACUUUCUCAAUUCGGUGGUCCCCGUGCGCGUCAAGAAGUCCCAGGAGCUCAUCUCGCAGGACACCCACACCUCAAAAAAAUCGUACAAGUUCACCUUCUCGGUAGAGCUGAUACCGGUAUGCAAGGACGACCUCGUCGCGCUCCCGAUCCCGCUGGCCAAGCAGGUCGGGAGCAUAUCGCCGCUCGCCAUCUGCUACCGGAUCGGCACGUCGAUCAACCUGCUCGACCCCAACACGCUGCAGACGGCGGAGAUCAGCGCGCCGGUGUACUGGCGAGCGCCGUUCACGUCGCUGGCCGACUCGAAGGACCUGGUCGAGUUCGUGGUGAUGGACUGCGAGCCCGUGGGGCCGUCCAAGGGGAAGUGGAUCGUGGGGGAGGUGCAGGUGGCGCGGGCGGCCGACCUGGGGGUCAACGACCAGACGUACUUCGCGCGGACGCACCUGGGGGGGCUGCUGCGGGCGGGGGACUUCGUGCUGGGGUACAUGCUGACGGGGACGAACUUCAACAACCCGGAGCUGGAGGCGCUGGAGGAGUCGCACACGUACGCGUCGCGGAUCCCGGACGUGGUGAUAGUGAAGAAGCACUACCCGGAGCAGCGGCGGCGGCGGCACGGGCGGGGGCGGCAGUGGAAGCUGAAGCGGAUGGCGCGCGACGAGGGCGAGAUGCUGCCGCGGAAGCAGGACCAGGAGCGGGCCGACCGCGAGUUCGAGCUGUUCCUGCGCGACAUCGAGGAGGACGCCGAGUUCCGCGCCGGCGUCCAGCUGUACAAGAAGCCGCGGCAGCCGGAGGCGCGCGAGCCGAAGCAGGCGGACGAGAUGUCGGUGGCUACGGAGGAGGACGGGGGGAGUGGUGGCGACGGCGACGACGACGACAUCCCGCGCGUCGACAUGGACGAGCUGCUCGACGACUUCGACGAGCUCACGAUGGAAGAGCGUUAGGGCUGUGGGUGUGGGUGUAUAUGUGGAUGGAGUUUUUAUCGCGAGGGAGGGAGAGGAAAAAAAAAGAAAGGGAAGAGGGGAAAGCAGAAAAGUUCUUCGGUAACAUACAUGGCUUGGCAGGGCAUAGUAUCAAGGCGCAGCGUCGAGGGGAGAAAAUAUGACGAGUGACGAACAUCGCCGUCGCCGUGUGGGGUCAUGGAUGCUGGGAUAUCGGUUCAGGGACGCGUCUACCAACCUACCUUGCCUAGUUCCAGGCUCUAAAGGGUUAUUGAGAGAGGGGGUGUCGGGAUGAAAAUAUAGUGCUAGGCCCUUACGCAGAGUAUGUAGGGAGGUACCUAGGCAGUAUCGAAUCUACCAUACAGGGAGGGGGGGGUCUAUUGAUACUAUGUCAGCAACCCUUUCUAUGACUGGACAUAGUGUCUGCCUCGUGAUAAGAAGGAG